AUACAGCUUAAAAGAUAAAAAGACAUCACCCAUUUGACGGUGCAGAUUGAUUCCCUUUCCCAACGUCACGUGGGACCCACAAGUUUUUUUCUAACCAUAAAAAACACGUGAUAUGAGGAGUACCCUUUUUUUUUUUUUUUAGCUUAACGGAGUUCCCUUCCCCCUUCUUGCUUUCAAACGCCCAUCUAAAUCCCAUCCAAACCCCUUCUUUCUUCCUCCUCCAGCCAACCCAUGAAUUAAAGGAUCCAAAGAGUAAAACGAAAAAGAAAAACAUCGAUCGAUCGAGAUGGGUUUCGAGAGCAUCAAGAACAGCGAGGCGAGCUCGUCGACCCACGGCCUGGUCGACCCGACGAGCCCCCUCCUCCCGCCGCACCCCUCCGCCGCCCGCCUCUCCUCCCAGCCUAAGACCUUCGCGAACGUAUUCAUCGCGAUCGUCGGCUCCGGCGUCCUCGGCCUCCCCUACACCUUCAUGCGCACCGGGUGGGCCGCCGGCGCUCUUCUCCUCGCCGCCGUCGCCGCCCUCACCUUCUACUGCAUGCUCCUCCUCGUCCGCACCCGCCGCCGCCUCGAGCGCGACCAGGACUUAUCCAAGAUCGUGGGCGUCUCCAACAUCGCCUGCUUCGGCGAUCUUGGCCUCGCCGUCGCCGGCCCCGCCGGCCGCGCCGCCGUCGACGCCAUGAUCGUCCUCAGCCAGGCCGGGUUCUGCGUCGGCUACCUCAUCUUCAUCUCCAACACCCUCGCCUACCUCUUCCGCCUCCCCUCCAAUCCCUCCCCUUUCCUCGCCCCCAAAGCCCUCUACAUCUGGGCCAUGCUCCCCUUCCAGCUCGGCCUCAACUCCAUCAAAACCCUCACCCUCCUCGCUCCUCUCAGCAUCUUCGCUGACGUCGUCGACCUCGGCGCCAUGGCCGUCGUCCUCGGCGAGGACCUCGUCACCUUCCUCGCCCACCCCCCACCUCUCCGCGCCUUCGCCGGCCCCUCCGUCCUGCUCUACGGCGUCGGCGUCGCCGUCUACGCCUUCGAGGGCAUCGGCAUGGUCCUCCCCCUCGAGUCCGAGGCCGCCGACAAAGCCAAAUUCGGCAGGACCCUCGGGCUCUCCAUGUUCUUCAUCGCCGUCAUGUACGGCCUCUUCGGCGUCCUCGGCUACUUCGCCUUCGGCGAUGACACCCGCGACAUCAUCACCACCAACCUGGGCACCGGCGUCGUCACCGUGCUGGUCCAGUUGGGCCUCUGCAUCAACCUCUUCUUCACGUUUCCGGUGAUGAUGAAUCCUGUGUACGAGGUGGUGGAGCGCUGGUUCUGCGGGAAGAGGUACUGCGCCUGGCUGCGGUGGUUGCUGGUGGCGGCGGUGAGCUUGGCGGCGAUGCUGGUGCCCAACUUCGCCGACUUCCUCUCGCUGGUGGGGAGCAGCGUGUGCAUCGUCCUCGCCUUCGUCCUGCCCGCGGCCUUCCACCUGAAGGUGUUCGGGAUGGAGCUGGGGUGGGGCUCGGUGGCUGCCGACCUGGGGAUCCUGGUGCUGGGCCUUGCGCUGGCGGUGUCCGGAACCGUGUCGUCUCUCCAGGAGAUCUUAUCCUCGGUGGAAGUGUCAUGAAUCAUUCCUGUCACGAUUUGUCGGAUUCAUGAUUCAAAAAUCCAUUCUUUGAUCUCUAUUAGCUGAAACUGGAAAUUUUUGUGUUGUGUUGUGAUGGUUACCUCGGAAAUCCAAACAAUUGUUGUUUGGGUUGGGGUCGUUGGAUGUAUAUCAGCCAUUCCAAAUGCUCUAUUUUUGUUUCCGGACAGAAGAUAGCAUCCCAUCGGAGCUUUCACGCUGUUGGUUUGUUGCAAGUUGUCUCAAAUAUAGUAAGGAAAGAUCUUUUUAGUUGAAAA